CUGCUAUUAUUAUACGAUACGAAGUGGCGCAUAUCCUGCCUGUACUAUCCACAUAACCGAAAUUUCGCUCUGUACAAUCCGUCCGGGCGGGUGAGCUUUUGGAAAUGGGCGGAGGAGAGUCGUACGAGGCUGCCAUUGCAGGGCUGAGCAAGCUUCUCAGCGGAAAGAAUGAGCUGGAGAGUCUGGCCGCCGCUAAGAUCAAGCAGCUGACUGCGGAGUUAGAACGAGCAUCGGAUGGGAAUAUGUCGGAUGAAAGAAUACGGGCAGGGUUCGCGCACUUUAAGAAAGAGAAAUAUGAGAAGAACACGGAGUUGUUCGGGCAGCUUGCUAAAGGUCAAUGUCCCAAGUUUAUGGUGUUUGCGUGUUCGGAUUCGCGAGUUUGCCCAUCUCAUGUUCUGAAUUUUCAACCCGGAGAGGCGUUCAUGGUCCGCAAUAUUGCCAACAUGGUCCCACCUUACGACCCGGUAAAGUAUUCUGGAGCAGGGGCCGCCAUAGAAUAUGCUGUAAUGCAUCUCAAGGUGGAGAAUAUUUUAGUCAUCGGACACAGCUGUUGCGGUGGAAUAAAAGGUCUCAUGUCUCUUCCUGAUGAUGGGGUCACUAAGAGUGAUUUUAUUGAGGAUUGGGUCAAAAUCGGAUUGAUUGCCAAGGAAAAAGUAAAAUCUGAAUGCAGUGAUCUCGACCUUGAUGCCCAAUGCACAAUGUUGGAGAAGGAGGCUGUGAAUGUGUCAUUGAGCAAUCUGUUGACAUACCCUUUUGUGAGAGAGGCUGUGGCAAGUAAAACUCUUCAUUUGAAAGGCGGACACUAUGAUUUUGUGAAUGGAUCCUUUGAGCUUUGGAACCUCGAUUUCAGCCUUACACCUUCUCUCAAGGUCUAAGCUUUACCUGAUUUUAGUUACAACUACUACGGCAUUUUGCCUCAAGUUUUCAUUGCAGGCACUUGUGUAUACCUCAUCUCAUACAAAUGAUAUGGAGGACUACAGCAAUCUAUACUACACAUAUCUUUACAACUUUACUGGAAGUAAACAUAUUACACAAUGCAAUGAUGGUGCUACUCUAUUGAAGUUGACUAAACCAUUGGGCAGAUGUUCAACAUUAUUUACUGUACCAUUUUGUAACGGCACAAUAGACUCUGUUUAUGCAAAGAAAAAAACAAGAUUAUAUAGAUACAUUCUGGAGUUUGAUCUGGACAACUCUCCUAUUUACUAUUUAC